UUUUGAAGCGACACCUUGAACCGAACGCAAUGGACACUGGCGACAGCGAAUUCAGUGCCGACGAUGUUGUGCCCAUCUCAAAGAACGCAAUCGAAUCCACCUUGAAAGACACCGUGUACAACCGCAAAAAGGUGAACGACUGGACCAACUCGCUCGUUGCCAUCGUACUGAGCGGUCUCCAAAACCUGAACAAGCCAUUCAAGUACGCAGGUGUGUAUGCCAAGCCAUCCCCCCCUCGUCACGAUGGCUUCCACGGAUGUGUGUUGUCUGGCCCAGUCACUUGCUUGAUCAUGCAGAAGACCGGCGCGGGCGUGACGACCGCAGCAGCGUGUUACUGGGACCCUGUUGUCGACGGAAAUUGCACGGUGCUGUGGGAAAAUAGCACGAUUCAAUGCGUUGUGACCGUGUACGGCGUGGCGAUCUCGCCAUCGGUGAGUAAACACGGCGAGCACUAGUCGACCGCCAGCAUCUCGCCAAAAAGUCCUUGUACCAUCUAUCGUAUGUCGU